UUAUUUCAGUAUGAAAGAAAGGGUGCAAGAGAAAAGAAAAAGGUGUAAUUUGACUAAGGCAUGGCCUUAUCUUCUCCUUCCUUCUCUUCAAUUCUGAACACCACAUCUUCACUACCCCAUUUCCAUGCUCCAAAACUUUCUUCUUCUUCUCACUUCCCAAUUACACCUUCCACUACCCAUCUUCCUCUCUCCCACAAAUGGAGAGCAAAGGUUUCAUUUUUCCCUUCUUUCUUGAAGAAACGGAAAGAUGCCAAGAUCAUCAAGGAAGAACUCCUUCAGGCCAUUGAACCGCUUGAUCGAGGGGCUGAUGCCACUCUCCAAGACCAGCAAACAGUUGAUCAGAUUGCUAGCGAACUUGAGAAAGUUAGUCCAAUAAAGGAGCCCCUGAAGUCUAACCUACUGGAUGGAAAGUGGGAGCUUAUAUACACUACGUCGCAGUCAAUUUUGCAAACCAAGAGACCAAAGUUGUUGAGAUCAAUUACAAAUUAUCAAGCAAUCAAUGUGGAUACUCUAAGGGCCCAAAAUUUGGAAUCUUGGCCAUUCUUCAACCAGGUGACAGCGGAUUUAACACCUCUAAAUCCAAGGAAAGUGGCAGUAAAAUUUGAUACUUUCAAAAUUGGAGGCAUUAUACCUAUUAAAGCUCCCGGAAGAGCUCGUGGGGAACUGGAAAUAACAUAUUUGGAUGAAGAACUGCGGGUAUCAAGAGGCGAUAAGGGAAACUUGUUCAUCUUGAAAAUGGUGGAUCCAUCUUACAGAGUUCCUGUAUAAUGGCAUUGUCAGCAUUGCAGUGCAACACUUGUGUUCAAACACUUUCUGUAGAAAGAGAUAAGAGCAAGUAGUAUGAGCACAAUCUUAAGCUCUAAAUGAGUUCUACUCUUUCAUCCCUUGAAAUUUGUAAUAUUGUACUAUAUGAGAAAAUGUAUGAUUCAAACGAAGUGGUUAACUACAUUUAUGGAUUUAAAACCUCCAAAAAAUGUUGAAGUAAAAAAUUUGGUCACCAAAAUAAAAAAUCAACCAUUAAUAUUUCAA